GGGGGCGGGGCAGAGCCGCCUGUGGGCGGCUGCUUCCGGACACGUGGCUGCGCUUGGACCCAAUGAGGGAGCUUGACGUCACCCCCGCUUCCUCACCCUGGCAACGGGCGGGUGGCUACUUCCGGUGCUCUGAGGGCUCUGGGCUGAUGCGGGGUAAUUCCUCUUCUGCAAUUACUUUUGGAUGGAAGUAUGCACUUUUCCCAAUAGAAGAUGGUAAUCUUGGAGAAUGACCAUGGAGAAGGGGAUGAGUUCUGGAGAAGGGCUGCCUUCCAGAUCAUCUCAAGUUUCGGCUGUUAAAACAACAGUGAAAGAGUUGGAAACGAAGCAGUCCCAUAAAGAGAAGCGAGGGGGCUUUGUGUUGGUGCAUGCAGGUGCAGGUUAUCAUUCUGAAUCCAAAGCCAAGGAAUAUAAGCAUGUAUGCAAAAGAGCUUGUCAAAAGGCAAUUGAAAAGCUACAGGCUGGUGCUCUUGCAACAGAUGCAGUGACUGCAGCCCUGGUGGAGCUUGAGGAUUCUCCUUUUACAAAUGCAGGAAUGGGGUCCAAUCUAAAUCUCUUGGGUGAAAUUGAAUGUGACGCCAGUAUAAUGGAUGGAAAAUCCUUGAAUUUUGGAGCUGUUGGGGCACUGAGUGGAAUCAAGAAUCCAGUCUCAGUUGCAAACAGACUCUUGUGUGAAGGGCAGAAGGGCAAACUCUCAGCCGGCCGAAUUCCUCCCUGCUUUUUAGUUGGAGAAGGAGCCUACAGAUGGGCAGUAGAUCAUGGAAUACCCUCUUGCCCUCCUAGCAUCAUGACCACAAGAUUCAGUUUAGCUGCUUUUAAAAGAAACAAGAGGAAACUAGAGCUGGCAGAAAGGGUGGAAACAGAUUUCAUUCAACUAAAGAAAAGAAGACAAUCAAGUGAAAAGGAGAACGACUCAGGCCCUUUGGACACAGUGGGUGCUGUGGUUGUGGACCAUGAAGGGAAUGUGGCUGCCGCCGUUUCUAGUGGAGGCUUGGCCUUGAAACAUCCGGGGAGAGUUGGGCAGGCUGCUCUUUAUGGAUGUGGCUGCUGGGCUGAAAAUACUGGAGCUCAUAAUCCCUACUCCACAGCUGUGAGUACCUCAGGGUGUGGGGAGCAUCUCGUGCGCACCAUACUAGCCAGAGAAUGUUCACAUGCUCUCCAAGCUGAAGAUGCCCACCAGGCUCUGCUGGAGACUAUGCAAAACAAGUUCAUCACAGGAAAUGGAAACCACUCCAAUGUCCAUCAACAGGAGAAUGCUGUGUGGCAGUGAAAAUGAACAGAUCUCAGAGACACACAUCCUUAUGAAAGAACCUUAAAACCAUAAUACUAAGUUAAAAAUGCAGUUUGCCAAGGACUGCAGUCGGUGUUGCCACCAUGAAUAUAACUUUGCAAAACCAGACACUAUUAAGACGCGCAUGCAUGGUAAAACUAUGUACGAGAGCAAGAAGUUAUGGAAAAAUAAUUCAGGAUGGUGGUUUCCUUUGGGAGAGAAGACCUGGGGAGUCUAAACAGUAUUAACAAUGUUGGAUUUUUCUAGUUGUUUGGUAGAUCAAUCAACAUUUGUUCUAUUUCAUGUGUUCUGUUAAUAUGCUACAUGUAUCUUUUUAUGUUUUAUGAAAAACUUCAUAAUUAAACCCUUAAUAUGUUAAGUAGGAAAAGCAGAGUUCAAAAGAAGCAGAGGAAGAGGUGUCAUAUCUAGUAGAUCUAGGGGCGUGUCAUGAAUGAGGUUCCUUCAGGAGGGAGAUUCUUAGACUGGGUUUGUGAACAGCAGCUAAUCUAACUUAACAAGUGGACAGAGUAUAUUAGGGAGAGUGGUGUAAUGAUAAAUGAAAAAGAACACCCCCAAAUUGGGCUUACUGUACUGGAGAGAGCCACCUAAGGCUUUGGCAAUGGAGUGCAAUGGUAGGACAUGGGAUGGAUUGGAGGAGGAGGCCCUGUAGGUCAAACUACUAAUGUGAAGGCCAUGGCAAGUAGAGAAGCAGAACUCGAGUGGAUGGAAAGGAGAGUCAGGAGCCAGAGACUCUCAGCGAGAGAAUCCUUGAGAUUCUUGAUAGAUGACUGAAUGGGACAAAUGCAGUGAAAGAACCAUUGAAGUAACUAGAGUUUUGAUUCUCUUGGACCUGGACUUACAAGGGCAACAAGACCUGAUAAGAAUGUCAUGCAUGGAACAUUGAACACAUGGAGAGAAUGGGGUUGAUUUGGACUGUUGUAUUGGUAUAGAGGUGUUUGUAGACAAGACAGUCAGUUGAAUAUGUGGACCUGGAGCUUGAGAGGGAAGUUGAGACUCUGGACUUGCUCUUGGAAUUUAUGGAAUUCAUGGCAUCUUUCACAGAAUGGAUGAUCCAGCUGAGGAGGCCAGAUGUACUUGUAUGUCCUUUCCUCAAAGAGGUCUUUCCUAACCACCUUGCCUAUAAUUUUAACUUCUCUUACUGUGGUUUGUGUUUCUUCUUGACACUUAUUUAUCCUGUACUUUAUUAUUAUUAUCUCUCCUAAGCAUGGCACAAACUCUGAGAGCAGAGAUUUUGACUGUUAUUCUACCCCACAUCCCCUGCAUUGCGGUAUCCCCAGCAGCCAGAAGAGUGUCUAGCAAAGAGAACAUCUGUGGAAUAAAUUAAGGAGAGGGUGAAAACCUUUAAGGUGUCUGCCUUCAGAACGGGUGGAAAGAGUGACCUGUGAGGAGACAGGAAAGAGAGGGAGAAAAGAUAUGAUGAGGAGGACACUCAUCUUGAAGCCAGAGACAUUGAAUUUUUUGAGAUAACCAAGGAGUUUCCAUGUGUUUAGAGAUAUAAAGGAAUAUCAAGAAAAAGCUGGUAGGCCAAGUCAGUAGGAGGGUAUGAGUCAACUUUCAAGCAUGUGCAAUGGCAGGGUAAGAAAAGAAGGUCUCUCAACAGCUGGGAGAGAAAGAGGACCAGAAAUGAUGGUCUUCCAGCCAGGGUCUUUGGUGAUAAGCUGGGUCGUUGAGAGUUCAGUAGAUGACUGACAUCUACAACUUCGCAUUUCAGCUGUGCACCAGUAGCACACAAACUUACUGAAGAUGAUACUUUGCCUUUCAUCUUUUUUCUCCUUUAACUAGAGUGUAUCUCAUGGAGGAUCAGCAAGCUGCAAAAUCAGUCAGAUUGUUCUUCCCAAGUGACUGUAGAUACAUAUACAGAAUAUUUUUAAGUGUAUAGUCAUUUUACAAAUCAGGAUAAAUUUAAGUGAGUGGGUGGAUAGGGACAAAAGGAAAAUAGAAGAAAGAUAGCAAGUGACUACAAGGUUGACGGUCACUUUAGAAAUGAAUGUGGUUUUCUCAGGGCCUUCAGGAAUGUUCUUUAGGAAGCUGAUGGCAGAAUUGAAAGAGGCUUAAGAAGUAAUCAUAUAUCUCACUUUAAGCAAGAUGCAGAAAGCUUGUGCUGUAAGGCUGAGAGGAGGGAGAAUAGGAAGAGUGAUUGGUUAGAUUAUACUCAGUGGAAUUGUUGAAAGUUGUAAGAAUUUGACACAUAAUUUUCUUUCUUUGGCUAGAGCAGGUGGUUAAAAUUCCCAUUUAUUGACCCAGGUAAUCAUCAUUUGAAAAUAAAUAGUUCAUCUGCUUAUUAAAUUGAAAUUAGCACAAUUUCCAAGAAGCCCAGAGGUUGCUUGCUGUGGUGUGGCUGAAGUGCUGCUCUUGAAGGGGGAGUCUUGGAGAAAGCUGGGUUGUCCUGUCCUGGGGAACUCAGUCAUUUUCCUCUUCUUCCUCUCCUGUUACAAAUAAGAAAAAAAGAAAAACUUGUGAUUGUAUUAAAUUACUAACAAUUGAACAGCAGCAGAUUAGCAAAAUGAACUUAUUGGAAUGAGUGGAAGUGGGUAUCUGGCAACAGAGCUGUGACUUUGCUGGGCUUUGUGCAUUCACAACCCAAGUUGGUUUUGUCCCUGUGGCCUAGGUUUCCUGUUUACACAAGAGCUCUAGCCUUCUUUUAGAGCCUGGAAAUCCCAUGUGUUUUGGACACUUGGUGCUUUUUAAAUAGCAGAGGAUGAUGAUGUCAACAACAGCAAAUGUGUUCUUACUCAAGCCUUUUGGGAAACAAAGAAAAGACCAUUUAAAUUUCCUACCAAAUUUUGAUAACUGGAAAUAAUUUGGUAAUAGUAUUUGGUUAGAAAGCAAGUAAUAAGCACAGUACUGAGAAAGGAAAAGAGCAAAACAGCUCUGUAAACAGUGUCAUGUUACUCUAAAAAAAAAAAACCUACCAGUUUUGUUGCUGGUAUAUUUGUUUUCAAAGUUGGCCAGAUUUAGGCACCGCGGACUUGAUGAUAAAGGUUGGUGCCAUCACAGAAUUGGGAGCUGAUGAGCAUUCACAAUAGGUACUUUAUUUUGAAUUUUUGUUAAAAGAUGUUUAUGAAAUAUUAGGAUUUAAUUAAAACCACUCAAAGAAUGUGUUUCAUCCCA